AUGCCCCCAGAGCCUCUCCAUCGUCACCAGUCUUCGCUCGAGGGAAUCUUAGACUUUUCGUCCGAACCACCCCUUGAUCCCAUUCGACGCGAAGCAGCCGCACGCCUAUUUAAUAAGCUGAUCGAUUGUUUUGACUCCCUUCCCGCCGACCGUAACGAUGAUUACAAUCGCGUGAAAUUGGUCCGACUGACCUAUGAAUAUGCUCGCACCGACGAAUCUAAAGGAAACUUCCUGCGUGCAUUCUUCGACUCGGCCGGAAUUCCGAUAGUGAAUACCUUCAACGGCGAAGAGGUUGAUCUGGCCGAUGCAGGCCAGCGGGCGGCACUGCACAAUUCUAUCCUCAAGUUUGCCGACUAUCUAUUUGAGAACUUCUUUUUGCCAUUGAAAGCGUCUACGAGAAAAACACCUCAACCAUCACCUGCGUCCCACUCGGCCAUUCGCCACCUGCAAGGAGACCUAGCUUUUCUCGGAACGCCAGAACGGGUUUCGGCCCUCCGAGGUGCCUGUCUUGUCCGCGAUCAUCAUAGAUGUGUUAUCACGCGCCGAUUCGACCUCGAUGAAGCAAAUAAACGAGCUAAAAUUGCAUCUCGGGAAGGAACUGUGGCACGAGACGACGACGGGAAUCCCCUUGAUAACACAACUUCAUUUUCUGCUCUGGAGGUGGCACACAUCAUACCGCAUUCGUUGACCCGGCUGAAUGCUAGUAACGAGCUGGACACUUCCAAAGCUACAGCCCUCGCGAUUCUUAAUAUGUUCGAUAACGGCGCUGCAUACCUGAUUGAAGGAGUCAAUAUUGAUCGACCUGGAAAUGCUAUAACACUGACACACGAUAUGCACCACGGUUUUGGAGCGUUCAAUAUCUUCUUUGACCCUAUUGAGGAACAAGCGCACACAUACCGAAUCAAACCCUUCUCAGCAUUCAAUUUAUAUGAUGAUUUGCCCGUUACCCGCACACUCUAUCUGACCGAAUCACGGACCAUUGACCCCCCUUCACCACGUUUACUCGCAAUUCAUAAUGCCAUUGGGCAUAUUCUUCACUUGUCUGGUGCUGGGGACUACAUUGAUGAGAUUCUGAGGGAUUUGGAAGAUCAGGUCGUGCGGGAGGAUGGCUGCACUAAAUUGGAUCUGCUGGUGAAAUUGAAGCUUCAAUUACAAGGCUGGCCGUCGAGUCCAGCCGCUGAAGGAUCGACGUGA